AAAGCGGAAACAGGAAAGAGGAAAUUUUUCGAAACAAUUUCAUAGGCAACAAAAGGAUUAUCAUGAACGUGAACGUUGGUGUUGUCAAAUAUUUGUAUGCGCUCCCCAUUUCCAAUUGAUAGCCAACCGGGAAAUAAAACAGAGAGACUGGGGAUGAAAAACCACAAUAAAAAGAAGGAUUUGAUUUUUAAAUAUGCAGAAACAAGAAAAAAGACGCGAACUGCGUCUGAAACGAUUUUGGCGUUCGCCAAAAACCACUUCAUCCGAAGAUUCAACCGGAUACGAGAGUCCAACACGAGCCGGCAGUAAAAAUAAAACAUCGCUGGGCAAUGGUGGCUCCACUUCACUCAACAACAAACCCACAUGUUCAUUACCAUUACUACAAGUUUGGCCAAGUCAGGACUCGCCACGAGGCGAAGCUGAUGGCCAGUCGUUUAUAUUCCCUGCCAUUGCUGAGACUAGCACGAGCAGUAGCAGUGGGGGAGGCAACAGCAGCAGCACCACCAGUGGCAACACCACUCUACUGACCAGCACAUCGGGCAACAGCAGCACCGGCAAUCAUUUGACUCUGAAUACGGGAGAACGUCGCAAUUCACUCUACUGUGAUACCUUGCAUGCUGGCGACUCAGGCAUCGAUUCGGUUCAGGCAUCACCCUCACCCAAUGCCCUGCCUCCGCCACCGGGGGCAAGUCUGAUUGGUAUGGCCAAUCCCUCGGCCGAUACGAUAAGUUCCUGCAAUGUCUCACCUGCCACCACGCCCACACAAGGAUCGCCCAAUCCGUCGUUGCGAGGCAACCGGAUGGGCGCCAGGGCCAGCAUCAGUGUGGGUGCCCCAAAUUAUCGCCGCAAAUCCAGUGCUCUGCUGCAUCCCGAUCAUGCGAGGCUGUUUGCGUUGCGCAUGAAACAUGCGGCGGCCCUGGAGCGGGCCCAGACGUCACCGGAUCAAACAUCCAUUGAGGAUGCGACUGAGUUUCAUGACAAUGGUCUCGCAACGAAUUUGCGCCUCUGUUCUGCCUCGUCAUCGACGACAUCGUCGCUAACCUCCGUGGCCGCGGUAAGCCUAGGCGGGGGAGUAUCCUCCUCCGCUGCUGCAGCAGCGUUGGCUGCUGCCGCCGGUGCGGGGGCCCAGCAGCGAGUCUCCGAUCCGUGGCUACAGCCGCAAUCCGAUCGAGAACGUGACUCACGUCACGAACGACGCCGAUCAUCGACCAUUACGCGUUACUCGCUUUUCGAUGCCCUCGAUCUGGAGUAUGCCUUGCUGCGUGCUGCCGCUCGCGGUUCUGUCGGUCCGUAUUCGUUAAGUGAGUCGAUACACAAACUAACCUUUACGCAGUCACUGGCGUUUCCGGCGCUGGCACGCGGUUUGGCUUCCAAACGUCGACGCUCGGCAACACGAAUGAGUUCGCGUCCCCUCAAUCCCAAUGAAUCCGGUUUAAAUACCUGCGCCAAAGUGGUAACCGCCGUGAUAUUAGUGGCAAUCUCUUUUAUGGUCUUUCUCAUAGUGUAUAAAUUUGUACGGACGUGAGGUUUACUCCUGGCCCCGACAGAUUUUCCCGUCACAUAUCAAAAUGCCUAUUCGUUGUCGGCAUCCGCAUCGUCGUCGUCGUCAUCAGCGACGGCUCUAACGGGAAU